AUGAGUUCGUUGAACUCGAGAUUCAAAGCCCUUGGUUUUGGAAAGCGCAAGUCCACCACCAGUAUACCAGGCAACUUUCCACCACAACAGGCUACCUACGCUUCCAACCCACCGCCUCCCCAGAUUUCACGACAGUUCUCACCCCAUCCCACUCCCCCUCCUUUUCAGCCGCAAACACAACAGCAGCAACCUCAACACGCUCAGACUCAGGCGCCGCCCCCUUCGCACACUCCUCAACCUCAAGGAGCACAGGCGCCUCUUCCUCCUUUUCCAUCUCCGACCCAGAUUCCUAUCUCGUCAAGCUCUCCUCCCCCUCAAUCCUUUGGUGCCGCGCCUCUAGGCAUCCAGGUGCCCAACCAAACGUCGCCUCCUCCCCAGUUACAACAGCAACAACAACAACAGCCGCCAUCCACCAUGAAUCAUAACAUACCGGGCGUUCGUCCGCCCAGCUACAAUUCUGGAUAUCCCCAACCCGGUGUCCAGAACCCUCUCGGUCGUGCAAGUCCAGGCGCUCCUCGUGCGCCACCAAGCCAGAUGGUCGGUGGCCCGCCUCCCAUCAACACUGGCGCUCCCGUCUCCGGCUACCCACCGCCGAUGCAGCUUCCGGGCGGUACUCCACAAUCCAUGGGUGGACCGCCUGGAUACACCGGCGCCCCUGCUGGCUACGGCGCACCUCAGCAGGCCCAGCAGCCUAUACAGGGCAUCUACGGACGUCCUGCGGCCGAGGUUGAGGGAAGCAGCCGGAGUAAAGCACAGCUGAUCGUUGGUAUCGAUUUUGGAACCACCUUUUCUGGUGUUGCAUUUGCGUUCGCCACGAAUAACGAGGCAAAAGAAGACAUCAUCACAGAAUGGCCCGGUGCUGGUUCAUACACGAAACAGAAGAUCCCCACGGUGCUCUACUAUGACCAGUAUCAGAAAGUUGUUGGCUGGGGCCCCGAUAUUGCCGAUGCCCUCGCCCCGACUGGCUAUCCCAAGGCUGGCGUGCAGAAGGUGGAAUGGUUCAAGCUGCAGCUGAUGCUGUCUGGAAAUACGUACAUCGACCCCAUCAACCUGCCGCCCUUGCCUCCUGGAAAGUCGGAGAUCGACGUCGCCGCCGACUACCUCUUCAAGCUGCGUCAGGCCAUGCGUUCUGCCUUGCAAAAGACGCUCGGCGAGGCUGCCACCCGUGCUGCUGCGAUCCAGGCCGGCUUCCUGCGUGACGAGAACGACAACCGUCUGACCCUGGUCAGCGAACCCGAGGCUGCUGCCCUCUUCUGUUCCAAGACGGGCCUGCUGAACCUCAAGGUUCACGACGCUGUACUGAUCGUCGAUUGCGGUGGUGGCACCGUCGAUCUGAUCGCCUACGAGGUGGAAGAGGAAAACCCCUUUACUGUCGCCGAGUGCACGGCUGGUUCCGGCGACUCGUGCGGCUCCACAGCGCUGAACCGGAACUUCAGCAACAUUUUGCGCACCAAGAUCCGCAAGAUGAAGCUGCCCGAUGGGUCCAAGAUGGCCGGCCGUGUCUACGCCAAGUGCAUCAUGGACUUCGAGAACCGCAUUAAAGCGGACUUCCGCAACAACGGCCAGAAAUGGGCUGUCGAUGUCGGCAUCGAGGCCGAGUUCCCCGAGGCCGGCAUCGAGGAGGGCUACAUGACCUUUACCAACGAAGAGAUUCUGCAAUGCUUUGAGCCCGUUGUUAAUCGCAUUCUCGAGCUUGUCCGCAACCAGAUCAUCGCCAUCCAGGCCCAGAACCGGACACUCCAGAACAUUCUGGUCGUCGGUGGUUUCGGAGCCUCGGAGUUUCUGUUCCAGCAGAUCAAGCUGCACGUGCCACCACAGUUCCAGUCCAAGGUCGUCCGGCCCAUGGACUCCGUUGCUGCCAUUGUCAAGGGUGCCGUAACGGCUGGUAUCACCGAGCGGGUUGUUACCCAGCGUGUGGCCCGUCGCCACUAUCUCAUGGCCACGCUGCAGCCCUUCAAGGAGGGCUACCACCCAGAGGCCUACCGCGUGCCGUCGCUCGACGGCAAGGACCGCUGCAAGUUUACGCGGCAAAUAUUUGUCCAGAAGGGGCAGAAGGUCAAGAUUGGCGAGCCGGUCAAGGUUUCGUUUUUCCGCCAGGUCGCGCCAGGUGCUACGCUCAUGUACGAGGACAUUCUGUAUGCCUGUGACGAGGAUGUGUGUCCCGAGUACACAAAGGAUCCCAGAAUCAAGGAAGUCGUCACGCUCACGUCCGACCUGUCGCGGAAGAAUCUCGAGAAGGACUUUGAGCGUAUGGACACGCCACAAGGAACGUUCUAUCGGGUGUAUUUCGACAUUUAUCUGACGCUGGACGGCUCCGAAUUCAGUGCCGAGCUGGUGUGCCAAGGGGAGGUCAUGGGUCGUUGCCGUUCUCGCUUCCGGUGA